AUGGGCAAAAGAAAUAAUCCAAGAGGCUUUCUUAUUACUUGGUCUUUACUGCUCCUAGAGACAGCUUUUGGAUUAACUUCAAGAGAAGUUAGCAAGACCCUUUGUAUAGAAAAGGGGAGAGAUGCCCUUCUUGAGUUUAAAAGAGGCCUUAACGACGAUUUUGGUCGUUUAUCUACCUGGGGUGAUAAAAAAGAAUGCUACAAAUGGAAUGGUAUUGAAUGUGACAAAAGAACAGGUCAUGUUAUUGUUCUUGAUCUCCACAGUGAGGUUACUUGUCCAGGCCAUGCUUGUUUUGCUCCAAUAUUGACAGUAAAGGACCUUGUGUGGCUUUCUCAUCUCUCCUCUCUAGAGUUCUUGCGUCUUGGUGGUAACUACUUCCAAGCAAGCAAUUGGUUUCGAGAGAUAACUAAGGUCCCUUUAUUGAAAGAAUUGGACUUGAGUGUUUGUGGACUCUCUAAAUUCGUUCUGUCUCCAGCUGAUCUAGCCAAUUCAUCUUUGAUCUCUCUUUCUAUUCUUCAUUUAUGUUGUAAUGACUUUUCUACUUCAUCUGUAUAUAACUGGUUAUUCAAUUUUAGCACAAGCCUAACUAGCAUAGACCUUUCUCAUAAUCAACUCAUUCGUCAAAUUGAUGAUCGCUUUGGGAGCUUGAUGUAUCUUGAACAUCUUAAUCUUGCUAAUAACUUUGAAGUUAAAGAUGGGGUUCCAAGUUCUUUUGGGAGCUUGAUGUAUCUUGAACAUCUUAAUCUGGACAUGUCUAACACUCAAACAUACCAAUGGCUUCCUGAGUUGUUUCUCAGAUUAACUAUGUCUCACUUCAAUCCUCUGUCCUCUAUCUUGAACCAAAACAAACUGGAAGGUCCUAACUAUGUAGACUGGAAACGAAACCUUGAUAUUGUUCUAACAUAUGAGGAUUUCAAAGAUGUGCUGGUUGAAGAAUGCCUCAUUAAACCAGUAGAUGCUAUUGAUGAGGAGAUUAAGGCCAAUGAGAAAUGA